AUGGCACAAUGGCUGGGUGGGGGUGUCCUCCUGCAGCCGGGGUGUGAGCCCCUUGGCCCCUCCGAGGCAGCAGCGUCCAGCCCCGUGGAGCAGAAGAUGCAGGAAGAGCCCUUCCGCCCACGCUGCACCCAGGGCGGGGCCCAUGCGUCUCCUGAGGCUGCCCAGUGGCGCCCCCCAGCGCUCCGUCCUCGCCGCCGCCAUGGGUGGGGGGUCUCUGAAGUCGCCUCACCAGGUGGGCCUGGAGCAGCCCGCCAGCCCCGAACCCCGAGCGCCGGUGAGGACGGGGUGGUAGAAGGCUGGGUCAAGGGUCACCCGGGAAUUUCACUCGUCCACGGGGACCCCGCCGCUGCCCAAGCGCAGACAGACCCGGAGGCAGAGUGCCAGAGCUGCGCCAUCUUCAAGGGCUGCUGUUUGGUCACUCCUCGUCAUCUAUGUGGUGACCAUCCUAGAGGACCUGGCUGUCGUGGGGACCAUCAGAGCCAGCCACCACCUGCACACAUCCACGCACCUCUUCCUGGCCGACGUCUCGGUGCUGGAGACCCUGUACACCUCGGUCACCGUCCCGAAGCUGCUGGCCGGACUCCCAGCACAAGCGAGGACCAUCUAUCUCCUUCUCGGGGCACCUCACCUGGCUGCUCCUCUUCCUCUCACUCAGCUCCUCUGAGUGCGGCCUCCUGGCCACCAUGGACUGUGACAGGCCCCCGGUCAUCUGCCGCCUGCUGCACUACCCAGUCCAUUAUGGAGUUCAGGCUCUGCGUGCACCUGGCCCUCAGUGCCCGGCUCAGCGGCUUCCCGGCCUCCUUUGUGUCCAUGGCUCUCAACUCCAGCCUGAGGCUCUGCAGCCCCGAUGUCCUCAACCACUUCUGUGAUAUCCCACCCCUGCUAUGGCUCUCUUGCUCCAGCACCACUGCCAUAGAAAUACUGGACUCAGGCAGCCCAGGUGAUCCUCGCGGCUUCCCUGCAGACAACCAUGGUCUCCUACACCCACAUCCUGGCCAGGUUGCAAGGAUUCCAACAAGGCCCAGCAGCCUAAGGCCUUCCCCACCCAUGCCUCCCACCUGGGGUAGCGGCUUCUCUAACCUCAUCAAGCUGGUGCCAGGGGUCUACUUGGUUGCGAUCCCUCUGCUCAAACCCAUCAUCUACUGCCUGGGGAACAGCAACAUCAGGGUGGCCCUGGUCAAACUCCUCCAGGCCCUUCCCCUUUAGAGCUGCAGGAGGGAGAGCUGCCCAAUCCCUCUUCCUCCUUCCCUGUGCUCACAGACACUGGUGACAACCCAAGGCAGCCACAGCCCUCUCCCAACAGGGCAGUCAGCAAGUCCUGCCCUCGCCCAUAUCACCCAGAGUCAGAGCUGCCAAGAGCACAGAGUGGUGGCUGUAGGCAAGCAUCUCCAUGAGCAGGGGAGGGACAGAGAUGCCAGACCUGGGCCUCAGCACUGCCAGGACAGCUCCUCGCCACGGCAGCUGGGAGCCUCCAGCCCAGGAGAAGCUGGGCCUGGAGCUCACAAGAAGCCCCCUCUCACGGCCUCUCCCCUGACGCUCUCGGAUGAACAGCUGCUAUGGAGGCCAGCCACUCUGCCCAGUCCUCCAGGCCCAGAGGGAUGGUCUCCUUGCCAUGAGGUCCCAGCUCCUCAGAGCAGAGCCUGAGGCCAGGUGAGCGAAGGGCUCCGGCACAUCCAGGCAGCACCACCAAACACACAGGUGCCCCCUUUCCUCAGAAACAGGAACGUCAUUUUGUGUUCUUUUAUUGAAAGCUCCAUGGGUCUAAUGAAUAGACGACGUGCCCUUACCUGGUUUCUCUGCCUUUUCUCUCUGGUGCUUGAGGGCAGAAACUAAGUUGACCGAACAUGUCUCUUCCUAUUGGGCUGCAGCACCUGGUUGUGGGGAGGUAUCCCUUGCUUGAUUUCAUGGUUUUUCCAUGCCCCAAUCCCACCUCCCUCAUCACAGACACCCAGUGUGAUGCAUUCAGCAUGUGUCCUUGGAGAGAGAGGUACUCAACAGAUCCAUGGUGUUGUGUGUGAGUUUUAAAUUUAUGUCAAUUAUUUUUCACUGUAAAUCUCCUAUUUUUGUUUUGUGUAUUUUGAGGUUAUGUCAUGAAGUGCAUACAGAUUUAGAAAUGUUUUAUCAUCUUGGUAAAUUUAACCUUUCAUCACUAAGAAGCAUUACUCUUUGUCCCUAGUAGUGCUUUUACCUCAACCUUUAAGUCAUAAAGUCUACUUUGUCUGGCAC